AUGAGAAUCCAUUCACUUUUGGCGUGCUCAUCGCUCGUCAUGUUCUCGAUAGCUUCUACAAUUGACGAGAUCUAUUCAAACGUGUCUCAAUCUACUGAACUGAUGGCAGAUGGUGUUGGAUUUCUCUAUAAUGCCGGAACUGCAACAGCUCUCAAUUCAACAGCCUUGGACAAUGCCAACUCUCAUGAUAGCUCUCAAUGGCACACGUACACAAUUGCAGCAGGAGGAAUACCAGUUACAUCGGAAGCAGAAACAACACCUUUACAAGCCAAUACCACGACCGUGGAGUCAUUUGAAACAACAGUUGUUACGACUACAUUCUGUGGUGAACACUCUUGUACCGAGACAACAACCACAGCAAUGGUAACAACUAUCACCACCACUUCUGGAGGUGUGGUUACUGUCUUUACCACGUAUUGCCCAACGGAAUCUGCAAGCACAGAGAAGUCAUCAAUGUCUGAGUUCUUGACUUCAGAAAUCGAUACAAGCACAAGCUCAGCUUCAAGUCCAGAGCCAUUAGAAACAACUGUCAUCACCACUACGGUUGAACAAUCAACUACACCAUUGUCUACCUCUUCUGAAUCACCUCAGGAAACUACACUCAUUUCGACAACUGUUUGCAAUGAAGGCUCUUGCAUGGAUACAACAACGCUUGCAAUUGUAUCCACAGUGACCUCUACAUCAAAUGGAAUUGUCACAAUCUACACAACGUAUUGUCCAUUAACAGAAACUGAAAUUACCGAGACUGAUAGCUCAACAGUUUCUGUACCUCCUAUUGAGACAACCAUUGUUACAACAACGCACUGUAAUGAGGAACAAUGUGUGGAGUCCAUCACCACUGCACAGGUCACAACGGUCACUACGACAUCUCAGGGCAUUGUGACAGUAUACACCACGUAUUGUCCUUUGACCAAGACCACUAUUGAAACAGGUACAGAGUCUGUCACCACUACUUCAUUCAGUGGUGCAACAACUUCGAGUUCUUCUUCAAUAAAUGUGUCUCAGUCGUCCUCAGUUACCUCGCUUUCACCUGACAAGCCCUCCGAAACUACCGUGCUUACAACGUCUUUCUGCGAUGGCUCAUCAUGUGUUGAUUCCACAACAACUGCUAUAGUUUCAACUGUGACCACUACAUCUAGAGGUGUUAUCAUAGUGUACACUACGUACUGUCCUUUGACAAAUACAAAGACGCCCUUCACUACUAUGACAACACCACAAUCAGCUAUAACUACUUCCAAUGAUGUUGAAUCUGGCUUUGAAACCACUUCUUCAACUGUUUUAUUGAGUUCUACCACCAACGCGAUCACUCACUCACUAGAAACAGUGACAACAUUGGAAAGCAUGCAUUCUUUGUUCACAUCAACAUCACCAACGGUCCGAAACGAUGAAACAACUCUUGUUGUUGUAUCUUCGUGCACCCAUGGAUCAUGUACUACUGAAACUUCAACAGCUUUGGUUACCACUGUGACAACAACACAUGAAGGUCUCAUUACUGUUUACACUACGUAUUGUCCCUUGACUGAAAUUACGUAUCCACCUUCCAGUGCGUCAUCAUCCAGUGUGUCGUCCAGUGUGUCAUCAUCCAGUGUGUCAUCAUCCAGUCUUUCAAGCUUCAUUGUCCCAACUUCCAAUGUCCCAGCCACCAGCUCCUCAGUGACUAGCUCUCCAGAACCACAGUCAUCAGAUUCAAUUGGUCUAUCUCAAACUAUUCCAUUUGAUGUCAGUAUUUCAACAUCGCUUACAACUUCAACACCAACAACUGCUGAAAUUGUGACUACAAGCUCAUCGUAUGAGCUCUACACUGGCAUCUUCUCUGAGCUUAGAGAAUCAGUAACCUGGUCCUUCACAUCUACUGUGAACCCUAUACAGCCUGUCUCUACUACAGAUGAGUCUUCUAUCAGCUCUCACGGCGAGCACAGUUAUACAUCAACUUUGGAAACCAUUGAGGUUUCAACUACGGACUCAGCUACUCAUAAGACCGCAAUCACAACCAUAGUUACUGCAGUAGCGAGUGAGUCUGAAUCUAGAGUUGACAUUGAAACUUCAAGAUCCCAAUAUUCCACUUCACUCAUAUUUCCAACCGGUUAUAUCAACAUGGGAAGGCCAAGGGAUGAAGAGAACAGUUUGCAUUUUGACGGUGCUUAG